AUCGCGCAGCUCUGGGAGGGGGGGAGCCGCUCAUGGUCUCCCAGUUCAUGAUGGAGCUACAGGUCGGCGGAGGAGGAUUUGGCUGGUGAGAUGGCGGGGCGCAAGGAGACGGCGCUCAACCUGGCCAAGUUUGUCGACAAGGGCGUCCAGGUCAAGCUCACCGGCGGCCGCCAAGUUACAGGAACUUUAAAGGGAUAUGACCUACUGCUGAACUUAGUGCUGGAUGAAGCAGUCGAGUCUGAAAGAGAGGGUGAGCUGGAGGAGCUUGAGAAGGGUGUGGAGCCUGCGUGGGAGCGCUUGGUCCACCCGCUCGAGCGCAUCGUCGAUAGGAUGAACGUCGUUGACCACAUCAAGGCUGUCAAGGACUCGCCCGACCUUUGUGCCGCCGUCGAGGAUGUCCAGAUGCUGGCGUUUCAUGUUUCGUCGCGAGCAUCAAGACGAAGAAGUCGGCAGAAGCAUAGUGCAAGCUCAUCGGAGCUAGUUCAAGGAGUAAUGAAGCCCUUGAUGCUGAUCCGUAUUGGAACAAAUUGAAGCACGAACUGUGACAUAUAGAGCUUGUUAUACUGUAGAGAUUGAUGCUCAUCGGCUCAUGUGACAUAUUGUACACCUGUAGAGCUUGUUAUACUGUGAUCGCAUUUGUAUGUGUUGAUGUAGCAAAAUGUUGCUUCUUGUUAUUUGAAGUAUUACACCUGUUUUCUGUCUAUUUUGAUUUAAAUAUUGGUUUUUUAAUUAUUGGCAUAUUGAAAUCUGAGGAACAUGAGCAUGACAACAAGGACCCACAAACCAGAAACGGACAUUUGGGACCCGCUUAUCAGAAUCUGACAAUUGGGACCCAUUUGAAAAAGGAAAAAGAAGGGCCACAGCCCAAAAAUAAAAAGGCCGAAUUAUAGGGCCUGGCCCGUGUAGCUUACCCAAA